UCACGCGCUCUCUGCCCACGCACAGCAACAGCAUCAUCACGGUGCAGAUCUCACGCAUCCGUGUUGUUCAACGAGAUCAAUCCAUCUUCCCAAAGCGCGCUCCGGCUGUCCCCGUCAGCAGAUUAGGCUGAGGUAGCAGGUGCAUGGCCGGACUCGAAAACAACACAGUGGUUAUUCUCUUAUCAAUUCUCUCAAUUUUUUUUUUUUUUUGUAAAUAUUCUCUCGGCUUUUGAAUCAGAUCUGAUGCCUGAGAGCGGCGCGCGCGCCUGAAUCAGAGAGGUCGGGCCCGGUAAUCGCAUCCGCAGUGUGGCCAGAGACAGGGAGACGCACGCGCGCGCGCGCUCACACACACACACACACACACACACACACGGAGAGAGAGAGAGACAGACAGACAGACAGAGAGCGACGCUUGGUGUGCAUUUGCCUCCGUCCCCGCCGUCUGUGGAUGGGCCGCGCGCCUCCGCAGUCGCCGCUCCGACGCGUUUAGUGGAUGAAGAUGGCGGACAGAGCCGAGAUGUUCUCCCUCUCCACCUUCCACUCCCUCUCUCCUCCGGGCUGCAGGGCUGCACAUGACAUCAGUCUGGAGGAGUUUGAUGAUGAAGAUCUGUCUGAGAUCACAGAUGACUGUGGCAUUGGCCUCAACUAUGACUCUGAUCCUUAUGAAAAGGACUCCCUCAUCCUGGAGAAGAGUGAUGUCCACCAUACUGUGUGCUCAUUCCAAGAUGAUUUCCAGGAGUUUGAGAUGAUUGACGAUGAAGACGAGGAUGAUGAGGAUGACGAGGAUGGAGAAGCAGAUCCUGAUGCUCCACCCUCUCCCUCUGCGUCUCCUCCUCCUUCCCCUACUUUAGCUUCCCUUAAGAGCCGCCCCACAACCUUAAACCUGACCACUGCAGUUUCACAGGAUUCCUUGAACAACAACAGUAGCGUAUCUCCACGAAAGUCAAGCUGGCAGGAAUCUCUUCGCAUCUCCACUUCACAGGGUCGUGUGUCUCCAAGCCACACUUGCCUCGAGGAUGGUUCCCACGUUACUGGCACAUGUACAGGGGCUCCUGGCACCACAGUCUCUGCCAAAGGUACUCCCCCAAACCCACCUGGCCACUGUGGUCUCAAUCAGUCACCUGGCAGGCCGCUGCUGUACGACUUUGAGGGCAACAGACGCGAACGUCUUGAAUACGGUUCCUUUGGUCAGCACAACUCCUCAGGCGGUCCUGAGGUCACUGAGGUAAAGCCUUCUGCUGAAGGGACUCUUGAGGAACGUAUCUCCUCAGGUGAUGAUUGCACUUCCCAGUGCUCUGAUACUGAAGUUGACCAUGACCUCAAUGGCCAUGCCAAACGCCGACAGUGCCGUCCUCGACCUGAUGACACAUACACCAUCACUACGGAGACUGCUGAUGACCCAGAGCUGGAGAACGACCUUACGAUGGAUGGCACCAGCAAGUGCCUAUCCUCUACAGCACCGCUAGGGAAUGAUGCAGAGACCCCUCUGUCAGAUGAGGAGUUAGAUAAGGAAUUUGAGAUUGACUUCAUGAACCAGGAGACCUUUGAUCUAACUUGUAAGGAAGAAGAGGGCUCAUCCUAUGUAGAGUUUCCCAGCAUUGAACCCACAGAUCUGUCUUCUCUCUCCGCCCAUGCGUUGUCCAGCCAGUCUGAACCCAGAGAUGAGUCUUGUGAAUCGUCUCAGAAUCAACCUGCUGCAUCAAAUGACACAACAUCUCCUUCCUCUGACCCUGGCAUUGCUGACAUGAAUGCCAAGCGCUAUGCAGAGUCAGACCACCACAGUGAUGAUCUUAGCUCCCCUGGAUCUGACUCUGAUCUUGAGGGUGAGUUGGAGGCAGAGUUUGCCUGUGGUGGUCCACUGGUUAGUAACAUGAUUUCAUCCAUCUCUGAGACAGAGCUGGACUUGACUAGUGAGUCCAGCAGUGGAAGGUCCUCACACCUCACAAACUCAAUUGAGGAGGCCAGCUCCCCAACAUCUGACCCUGAGCUGGACCACGAGCUUGAUGUUGAACAAGACAGUGGCAUUGUGGGUCUGAAGACAUCUCUGCUUUUAGGCCAACCCGAGCCAAUUAAACAAGACCUUUCACCAUAUCUGGAGUACAGUCCUGACAUCCAUCCUUUGGAUGAUGAUCAGGCCCUGAUGGGGCUACAGAAUGUGGAUGAUGAGCAAGGGUUUGAGCAUCAAGCUGAUCCAGAUGAGACUCUGCCUCCUUCUGUGCCCUGUGAUGACAGUGCAACUCAGCAACUGCUGCUGAAGAUUGAACCAGAUCAUAGCCUGGAAAGCUUUAAACGGUCUUUCUACCUUCCUGUUGAACCUAGACUCAUACCCUCAGUGGAUGACUAUGAUGGAACCACUGAAGGAGACUCUGAGUCAGAAUCAGAGGAUGAACUUAGUGAGAACUCAGACUCACCAUGGCUUCUUAGUAACCUGGUCAACAAGAUGAUUUCAGAAGGGUCCUUUCCAAUCAGCUGUCCAGAGGAUUGCCUCAGGCGCUCUGCCUCCAUCUCUGAUACCAUCUCACCCUCGUCUGACCUGGAAACAGAAGCCUUCAAUGAAAGCGAAGUCUACAGGACACGGAUGCCAAAAUGUGAAGGAGACUCCCAGGAACAGCCAUCAGUGGGCACAGAUAUGAGGACAGAUGGAGAAAAAGAUGACAGAAGGGACAGUUGUGGAUCAGGAGAAGAGCACGAAAGCAAGGCUGCCAUCUCUUGUCUGUACAUGAGCAAUCCUACAAAUGACACUGUUGUUCCUGUGUGCUUGGAGAGAUACCAUUCCAACAACACAGACCAGAGGUUUACAUCCCAGAGGUCACUGAAAAAUCAACAGAAUGAGCAAGAGGAGGAGCCAAAUAAUGACUUGAUGAUGGACAGGAUGAAGGAACUGGACUCCCCCAGCCUAAGUGAGAGCAUCAUCAGUGAUAAGGAUGAAGGGAGAGAGACAAGAGUGGAUCCACUUUCUCUGGAAAAAAUGACAGAGGUCAAAAAUAGUCUGACACUUGAUAUCCCUACAGCACAGACUAAUCGCUGCUUCAGCCUCACAUACUCCACAGAUAAUGAUGAAGACGAGCAGGAUGCGUCACCUUUCCUGGAGGCUAUUCACAACCCACCCUCACCCUAUGGAGAUGAUACUUACCUGGACAGUUCCCCACCUAUUGAUGAGAGUGUCCGGGAGUUGCGAAAUACCUUUGAUCCAGCGGGUGUCAGACCUACGGAUGACUCCUUGGCGUAUGACUCAGUAAAGUAUACUCUAGUUGUGGAUGAGCAUACUACCCUGGAGCUGGUGAGUCUGAAGAGAUGCACCUCUGUUCUCAGUGAUGACAGCGACGGACUCUCCACUGUUUGUGAUGAAGAGGUUGCUGAUGAGGAUGAUGAUAUCUAUGGGCAGAGCCAGACUGUGGAAGGAAUGCACCCUGAUCUAUUGUUGAGCUCCUCCUCAGAAGAAGACUCCUCACCAGAAGCAGACCUACCUUUCUCCAAAAAAUUCCUCAAUGUGUUUGUCAAUGGCACAUCACGAUCCUCCAGCACAGAAUCGUUCGGGUUGUUCUCUUGCACUAUAAAUGGAGAGGAGAGAGACCAGACUCACAGAGCAGUGUUCAGGUUUAUCCCACGUCAUGCAGAUGAACUAGAACUGGAUGUUGAUGACCCACUUUUUGUGGAGGAAGAGGAAGAUGAUUACUGGUACCGUGGCUACAACAUGCGCACGGGUGCUCGGGGAAUCUUUCCUGCCUAUUAUGCUCACGAGGUCAUCGGCCAAACCAAAGACCUGAUGGCAAUGAAGAGAAACCCAGCGUGGAUGGAGAGCUUCACUGUGCAGUUUUUGGGUUCGGUUGAAGUGCCUUACCACCAAGGCAACGGCAUCCUCUGUGCUGCCAUGCAGAAGAUUGCCAUGGCGAGAAAGAGGACAGUGCAUCUCCGUCCUCCAUCUUUGUGUGAGCUGGAGAUUAGCCUACAGGGAGUGAAGUUGAUCAUGAGUCUGGAGGAUGAGUAUGACCUCUCCGAGGAGUUUGACAGAUGUAGUCACUUCUUCCAGAUGAAGAACAUCUCUUUCUGUGGAUGCCACCCAAAAAACAACUGUUACUUUGGCUUCAUUACCAAGCACCCAGUCUUGAACAGGUUUGCGUGCCAUGUCUUUGUCUCUCAGGAGUCCAUGCGGCCUGUGGCUGAGUGUGUGGGACGUGCAUUUCAGGAGUAUUAUCAGGAACAUCUUGAGUAUGCCUGUCCCACCGAGGAUAUCUACCUUGAGUAGAGGUGACAAAAGGUUACCACAGUAACCUCUGCCCAACAACAGAAGUGUGUUCCUGGUUUUGGCCGCUUGGGGGCUCCUGGUGGCCUUUAAAGGGUUUAAUGUAGGCAUCGAGUUUCUCUCUCUGUGUUUUCACAUGAACUGAGCUGAACGUGUAGGUUCAAUCUUAGUGAUGCAUCAAUUUGUUUCACUAUUUGUUUGUUUCCUCUUUUAUUUAUUCUCAUCCUUGAAACAGAUUGCCUGUUUAACUUUUGUAUGACUUAGUACCUAGGAUUGUGGCUCAGUUGAGAUACUUUUACUUUUUCCUGGUUUAGAAAUGCCAAAACUAUGACAUCACACAUUUUAAUGCAUGGCUUUGAGGGUUAUGCUCACAGGCAGAUAUACACACGGGAAAUACUUAUAUUUGAAAUUCAUUUUGAAGGAUGGGUUUCGUUUGUAAAUAUAGUACUCGUUUGAUUAUUCCAAAAUAUGCUGAACGAGGUUUGUACUGAAAUGAACAUCUGGACAGGUGUUGGAUUAGUAAUAUAAUGACUAUCUGCUCACUGUAGUAGAAGGUUCCUUGUGCGUUCUUAUUAUACCAUCAUGUAAAUACUGUAUAUUUAGAAAACAGUUGGUGACUACUACAGACGUUCGUUACAUCACUGUAUGUAAGUAGCACCUCCAUCAGCAAAUGGAAGAAUGAAGAGGAUUGCAGGUGGCCAGGAAGGCAUGUUUGUUAGCCUGAGAAUGGAGAGCCGGGUAGCAUUGGCCAUGCACGGUCCUGUAAAUUACUAUCCUCUUACUAAAUUACUCAAGCUCUGCUAUAGCUUCCUAUUCCCAAUGACUCUUUCUUGUGACUCUUUGUUGGCCAUCUUGUGUAAUUCUCAGACUGUGCUUUAGUGCUUUAUGAUGCUGAGUCUAUUUAGUCACUCUCUUCAUUCAUUGAAGGCUAACAGGUAAAUGUACAGCCAGCCACUGGCAGACUGCAGUCAUCAGCCCGAUUACUUAGCAAAUGGUGAAAUUUACCAGAUUUACUUAGGAAAAGGCCUAAUUAAAUUCUACAGCCAUUCUAGAUAAGGCUAUUGAAGAUAAUGUUAAACAACAAAUAAAUUGUUACAUGAAAAUCAUUUCCCUAAAAUGCAGUGUUUUUUUUUUACUAUUAGCAUUAGUGUCUGAUAGUAUCACUGUAUAAUUUUUAAAAUAAUCUUUUCAUAACCUUAUACAUUUUUUCAUGCUUGGCCAUAUACAACAAGUGACAAGUCAUGAAGUGAAAUGAUUGUACGGUGUCAGUCAAUUGUUUUUGAGCACUCCACAUUUUAUUAUUUUUGAAUAAACAAGCAAUUGGCUGAUUUUUGAAAAACAUUUUUUUAAAAAUUGGACAAUCUAAGUAAAGAACAGUUAAAAGUGAAUUGAAAAAAGGAUUUUAAUUUUGUAUUUCAUUGGAAAGAAUGGAGAUAUAAUUGGAAAAGGCAGAGAUUUGGCACUUGUCCCAGCCAGCAUAUAUUUGUAUGCAGUUACAGCUGAUAAACUUGAGCACUUCCUGAGUCUAUUAAUUAUAUACUUAAUUUGUUCACCCUGACUUUAAUAAAGCACUCAUUUAGAGUCCUAUUAGGAUCUGAGGGUGAACAGUUAAUAAGUGCUUACAUACAUUUAGCUCUAGUGUUCAAAAUCAUUUGACUGCCAGUGUAUAUGCCAUUAAAAGUAAAACAUAACCACACAGAUCUUACAGUACUGAUUGGAAAUGUAGUUUGAUCUUUCUACUUUGCCCUCCUGUCAGUCAGUAAUUAAUAGACACAGUAAACAUGAUGGUUUUAUUGUCUCCAUUGUAUUUAUCUCUAGCCCUUUGCCUAACCUUCACUGCUUCAUGGCUAGACUGUACACAGUAGAGAGCCCCCUCCUGGCCUUGUAUGAUUUGUCCUGUAUGAUUGGAAUUAACAUCUGAAUUAAUUUUAUAAAACAGUAAAAGCUGUGAAAUAGUAAUAGGAGGGUUAAGGGUUAGAUAUUGUACACCUGAUAUUGUACAUUAGAUAUUGGGUUAGAUAUUGUACAUUCUCACCUCUAAUUCUGCCACAAUGAAAUUCUCCCAGCAUUGUAUGGACAGCUUGAAACUAAAUAAUGUAUAGACUACAUGGUGAUUAAAAGUACUAAUAGGCCUACAAUUAGAUUAAAAAUUUGCUUCUCGGUGUGCUGAUGCUUAGGAAUUUCAUAUUCUUGUAACAAAGGACUUGAUUCUUGGCUCCUGCAGACUGGGUUCAUCAUCCCGGUGUCAGUAGAUCAUAGCAGUGUAACUUUUAGACUGGUCCUAAUUGCAGCUGUAGAUGAACUCACUGCUCACUGCAUCACACACACACACGACCGUAUACCAGUGGCCUGCAAUCUGAUUCCAUCAUUACUUGUCCAUUUGUGCUGAUGCCACAUGUAGGAAAGAGCUGCGGUCUUAAGACUAUAAAUGUGAUUUGGUGUCAGUUAGAUUGCUGUAAAUAUUCUAGUUGAGAUGACCAUCCUGUGUCCUUUCUAUUGAGUGUUACUGAAAUAAAUAUGUAAAUUUUAAAUAAAUAAUAACGCUGACAAUGAUAACCUAUCACAACUAAAACGGGGUUAAAAACUGUAAAUUGAUUUCCGUUAGCAUUUGAUAUUUUGUUUCAGCUGCUUCACACUGCUGUAUAGCUGUGGUUGAAUGUUGUCACAUUGUGCUGAAUAUCAGAUGCCUGUCCAUCAGCUGUGUAUGUCUUUCACACAAACACCCAAGUUUUUAUGCUAACGUUAGCAUUAUCAGUCCAAUCGUUUGGACUCUCCCGGAGGUUAGCAGAGAUGGAUCAGGACACUCAUCAGGACUCUGAAUCCAAACUUCUGACUGUUUUUCAUGAAGACGUUACUUCAUUAAUGUUUGUCCAGAAAGUAAAUGGAUUUCUCAGAAUGUUUUGUCUACAUUUUAGCAUUUUACAAUCAUUGAUUGGUCAUUAAACCCCUUUAUGUAUUGAAGCAGAGCAACUUCUGGAGUAUGUAAGCUUGGACAGCUGAAUGACUACAAUAACUGCAAAUCUUUGGACUGUAAUUACAUAACGCAGGCCUUUACUGUAUAUCAAGAUGAACAGCAACAGUAUGACAUACUAGCUAUCUUGUAUCUUUAAAAUUAAACUUGUAAAAACCAAAAUGGAAAAAAAUUCCCUGCCUUGUCAUGGAUUUGGUCUUAAGAAUAAAACACUAUAUGCUUGAUGUCA